AGGGAUUUUACAGUCUGACUUUGAAUUGCUUCCUGAAUGUCUCAGAUCUUAGUUCUGUCACCGGCUUUUGCAUUUGCAAUAGAAUCCCUUAUUUUGUGUCUCCAUGACUUGUGAGGUAGGACAUUUCUAUAUAUUCACGUUCACUGCUGGACGUUUACAUUGUCCUUCUGUUAAUGCAUGCAUGCUAAGCAAACUGUAGCAAUCCAAGUCUUUUCUAAUGUGACAAUGUUGCAAACUGUGCAGAUACAUAAUUCUGCAACAUAUAUACUUACAUAUUGUUCCCUGCACAUCUCUAUAGGUUUAAUGAGGUUUAUAAACAAAAUACUGAUGUUUAUUUACUAAACUCUGAAUUAUAGCAAAUUGCAAUUUAAAUGGCAAUACUUGAAAUAAAAUAAUAAUUAAACCAUAAUAAUUAAACUAAAAAUAGCUAACUGGGUUAUUCACCAAAGUGAGAAUUGUUGGGAAUUUAACGUAAACCCACUUUGUUUCUUCCUGCAGAUAAAGUGAUGAAAAGUAACUGAAACUGUUGUGCUGUUUCAUGUACUCAUUUUACAGUGCUGCAGACAUUGUUGGUGCUUUAUUAUUAAUAAUAAUGUAGCAUUCUAGUAUACCAGGAUGGAACGCCUUUGUCUAAUCGUGGUUUCUUUGUAAUUCAUGAUCAAUUAACUGCUUUCUCUUCGGCAGCAUAUACAUUCUACUUGCCCCAGAGCAUGCAGGAGUGAUAUGUAUCAUUGGACACAUCAAUCCCUGAACACACUUUCUGGAGAUUUCUAUACCUGAGGUGUAGUUUGAGAUAAAUAGAUUAUUAGCUUAUUGUAGAUUUGUGCACAGAUCUUUGCAGAAAUAUAUAAUCAAAUUCCUGCUUGCGUCUGAUUGAAACAACGCGUCGGGAAAUUACGUGAUGGAGAUCGAUUCUUUCAUGCGUAGAUUAUCAGGAAUUUGAUUCGUUCUUUGCAGGUCGAAAGGAUUUGUGUACAAGUCUAGCUAAUCAUGAGAAUAUAGCUAGUUGUGUGUCGCAUAUUAAUGGAAAAGUUGCAUGUUCCUAGAUUUAGCCCUGGCUGUUAGGAAAUUUGAGAAGUUUUACAAUAUCUUCUGUUUGAUCUCUAAAUGUCAUAUUAGCACAAGGGAUGUGAUCAUUAUUUUAUAAUUUAAGAGACACUGAGCACAUGUUAAUAAAAACAUUGAGAUGCCAUGUGCAAUUCCUUUUAAGGGACAAUGUUGGCACCCAGACCACUUCAGCUCAUUGAAGUGGUCUGGGUGCUGUGUCCCUUUUGCACUUAGUGCUGCAAUGUAAAACAUUGCAGUACCAGAGAAACUGAAAUGUUUAAAUUGUCUACUAGACAGCCACUGGGGGUGCUUCAGGAAUCCUUUUGGUCCGUUAUCUGACGCUGGACGUACUCACGCUCUGCAUUUGCCGUGCAUGCGCAUUAGACCCUGCUUGUCGUGGGACGGAGGAGGGGGCAAAGCUUUGACCCAGCGCUGAGGGACAUCGGCACUGGGAUAAGGUAAGUAAAGGGUUUUUAACCCUUUAUAUUUUUUCUAGGUAGGAGGGGGCGCAAGGGAAGGAGGGAGGACGCGAGGGAGGGGGGAGGCAGAAGGAUCGGUAGUGCCAGGAAUACAGCUUUGUAUUCCUGGCACUACAGUAUCCCAUUAACCUUUGCAUUGACACGUUAUCUGCAUUCCUUUCAAAACAAUUACAAUUAAACAUCAUAAUAAAAAGUUAAAAAUUAAAGUGAAUUUCAUGCAGGUUACAUUAAUUCAUAUAGUCAUAUAAAUCAAAAAGUGAUUCUGCUUGCUACUGCAUUGAUGACCAUGAUAACAAUUUUUUUUAGCUCUUUUUUAGCUCUUAGCACUUAAAGAUACACUAUAGUCAACAUAACAACUACAGCUUAAUGUAGUUGUUGUGAUAAGUAUAGUCAGUCCCUGCAGGCAUUUUAAUGUAAACACUGCCCUAGUGAUACCUCCAGUGGCAGUCACUCCACCCUGCCUCCUUGGCCAAGAUCAUCAGAAUUGAAUUAAAAUAACAUUUCUAAGGGAAAUCACUGGAUUGGCUGAGAUUGUCAAUUCUGAUUAUCUUAGCCAAGGAGGCAGAUUGGGGGGCGGGGCCAGUGCCAAAAACCUGGACUGCACUGGAAUAAAGGUGAGUCUAAAGCCUUUUUAAGGGAGGUAAGUGGGGAGGGGAAGGGGGAGGCGGCCAGCCAGCUAAAUUGUGUUUUUGACACUAGAGGGUCAGAAAUACACAUUUUGUAUUUUGGACUCUAUAGAGUUCCUUCAACACUUACAGCAAAUGCAGCCUUUGUGUCUCAGCACAACUGAAAGUUGACUAAGCAUCUUAUUGGCCCAGAUAUUGAAAUUAAUUAUGAGGACUCUGGAACUGAGUCACUAAUGAUUAUUUUUGUUUCACUAAUUAAAGAGUGUGAAUUCACAGAUUAAGUUGAGUGUAAAUUUCAGUAUUGCAGUCCUUUACAAAUGGCAAGUAUUCUUUUUUUUCCCCCCUUGUUUACCAAAGGUGGUUGUGUUGUAUUUUGCCAAGAGUUCCGAACUUACAGGUGUCCGUUCAGAAACCAUUCACGUUCCAUCAGAAAUUACAUCUCAGCUUCUGUGGGAAGAAAUUUUACGCUUUCACCCAAGGUAGGCUGGUAUUUUAAUAUGCAUAAAUAAAAAACAAGUCUGUGAACCUGUAAGUAUAAUUUGGAGGGGUGGUCCUUCGGAAACUUGCUUGGAAUCUAGGAGCCUGCUAAAAAAGUUAUGGGCCAGGUUUUUCAACAUCAAAAAUACAAUUCUUAAAGGGAUACUAUGGUCACCAGAACCACUGCAGCUUAAUGUAGUUGUUCUGGUGUCUAUAGACUGUCCCUGCACACUUUUCAAUGUAAACACAGCUUUUUCUCCAUGAGCCAACUGCCUGCCUCCAAUCUCACUUAGCCGGUGGCCUGCCUCCGAUCUCCAUGAACUGUCUAUGUGUCAGUUCCCCUUUUUCAUUUGCAAUAUUUUUUUUUUUGCAUAAAAUUGUAAAGUGUGUGGGUUUUUUUUUUAUGUUUCUAUACAGUUUAGUAGAUUUUUUUUCCCCCUUUUGUAAUUGCUAAAAGUUUUUUUGCAUCCUAGACUUUGUACCAUAAAGGACCAAGUGGUAUUUGCAGUCCGGCAGGAGUAUGUGGCUAUUGGCGAUGAACAUUUAACUUUACACCCUGGUGACGAGAUUGCUGUUAUUCCACCGAUCAGUGGUGGUUAAAACAUAACAUCCUGAGGUAUGUUUAAUAUUAUAUAUUGUACAGUGUAUUGUAUUUUCAUGAUCAAUUAACAAAAUCUUCAUCACAAAUGGAAGUUAUUCUAAAUUGGAAUCCCAAAGAGAAAUAAUGACCUCUUGAAUUAUUUUUGUAGUGAUUUAUAGUGGAAGGAAGUUAUGUGUACAGAGCAGGUUUCCCUGACACUCUAAGUUCACCCUCUUUGCCACCAAUCUACCAGUGUCAUAAUCAGAAUUUUACUCCUGAGAUCUAGCUGAGAACAAGAUUAGAAUUUUUUAGAUUUUUUUUCAAACAAAACAAACAAACAAAAUAAACCCCAACUAUAUCUAUCUAUCUAUUUAUAUCUCAAGAACAAAGAUGGCGGAGCAGCCCUAGACAACUGAGCAAUAAGUCUGUCUAUCUAGUCUAGUCUAUAUCUCAAACUUUGAAAGUAAUUGAAAAAUUGGUUCCAAAAACAAACUGUGAUAUACUCAUGCUUGAUUUUGCAUAAGUUAUAUAUUCAUGUCAUAAUGGGAGCAAGCAAACCUGAUGAUGUGCUCACACUGUGCCAUAUGGAGACUCAUUCUCUUGUGUCUUCAGAUGCAGAACACCAGAGAGUGAACUCCAGAUGGUAGGACAAGACCAUGGGUUAGGGAUUGUCCUAGUUAUCACCAGACUGUUCAGAUAUUUUAAUUUGGCUCUGUAACUUCCAAAAAUCCUUUAAAAAAAAAAUAAAAAUAUUAACCACAGGGGUAUUGCUGUACUUAAGAUAUAUAACUGUUGUUUUUUUUUUAUUAUUAUAAUUUUUUUGUAGUAUGGUGGAAACUAUUGGGUUUAAACUCAUCAGUAUGUAAAGAACGUCUUAUAUUUUUUUUUAUUUUUCGUCCAUUUAAAAAAAAGAAGUGCAGAUUCAAUAGAAAUUGGCACUUUUAGAAAUUAACCUUGUUAAAUCCCCCUGGCCGUCAAACUGACAACCAGUCCUGUUCCUGGUUGUUAAGCUCAGUGUAACUAAACUCAAGAGGCAGACAGGUGUCCAUAACACGUGUCUUGCAAAGACUUCUCUUUGAGCUGCAUUGUGAAGUCUUUGAUUGGACAGUUAUAGAAGGUAUGUGCUGAGGUAAAAAUGGGACGGUUUUAAAAGGCUGCAGACAAGAGAAUUACAGCUUUUGCAAGAUGUUUUUAGAUAUAACUUCAAUGAAAAAAUUAGAAAAUAAUUUAAUGCAUGCAUCUGGUGUAUCUACUAAAUAGUCAUUUUUGUUUAUUUAUAUUUGGGCAGUGGAAUGUCUCUUUUUAACUACCAGGGCGUAAGAAGGUAUGUAGAAGAGGAUAAAGGUCAGGCUGACUGCCUCAAUGAAUAUUUUUGUUCUGUAUUUACAGAAGAAAAUGAAGGAAAGGGACCUCAGUUGAGAAAAAAGGAUAAAUGAGUCAUUUAUUACACGUGAGUUUACAGAGGAAGAGGUUCUAUUUCAACUGUCAAAAGUAAAGACAAAUAAGUCAAUGGGACCUGAUGGAAUACACCCAAAGCUAUUAAAAGAGCUUAGUGGUGUACUAGCAAAACCAUUAACAGAUUUAUUUAACCAAUCAUUGUUAACAGGAGUAGUCCCAGAAGAUUGGAAGUUAGCGAAUGUUGUGCCCAUUUACAAGAAAGGUAAUAGGGAGGAGUCGGGCAACUAUAGGCCAGUAAGCCUUACUUCAGUAGUGGGGAAAGUGAUGGAAACCAUGUUAAAGGAUAGGAUUGAUGAACAUCUAAAAACACAUGGGUUUCAAGAUCAGAGACAACAUGGGUUUACUUCAGGGAGAUCAUGCCAAACUAAUCUUAUAGAUUUUUUUGAUUGGGUAACUAAAAUUAUAGAUCAGGGUGGUGCAGUAGACAUUGCUUACCUAGAUUUCAGUAAGGCUUUUGACACUGUUGCACAUAGAAGGCUUAUCAAUAAACUGCAAUCUUUAAGUUUGGAUUCAAAUAUUGUUGAAUGGGUAAGGCAGUGGCUGAGUGACAGGCAACAGAGGGUUGUAGUUAAUGGAAUAUAUUCGAAGCUUGGACUUGUCACCAGUGGGGUACCUCAGGGAUCUGUACUUGGACCCAUUCUCUUUAAUAUUUUUAUUAGUGAUAUUGCAGAAGGUCUUGAUGGUAAGGUAUGUCUUUUUGCUGAUGAUACUAAGAUAUGUAACAGGGUUGAUGUUCCAGGAGGGAUAAGCCAAAUGGCAAAUGAUUUAGGUAAACUAGAAAAAUGGUCAGAAUUGUGGCAACUGACAUUUAAUGUGGAUAAGUGCAAGAUAAUGCAUCUUGGACGUAAAAACCCAAGGGCAGAGUACAGAAUAUUUGAUAGAGUCCUAACCUCAACAUCUGAGGAAAGGGAUUUAGGGGUGAUUAUUUCUGAUGACUUAAAGGUAGGCAGACAAUGUAAUAGAGCAGCAGGAAAUGCUAGCAGAAUGCUUGGUUGUAUAGGGAGAGGUAUUAGCAGUAGAAAGAGGGAAGUGCUCAUGCCAUUGUACAGAACACUGGUGAGACCUCACUUGGAGUAUUGUACACAGUACUGGAGACCUUAUCUUCAGAAGGAUAUUGAUACCUUAGAGAGGGUUCAGAGAAGGGCUACUAAACUGGUUCAUGGAUUGCGGGAUAAAACUUACCAGGAAAGGUUAAAGGAUCUUAACAUGUAUAGCUUGGAGGAAAGACGAGACAGGGGGGAUAUGAUAGAAACAUUUAAAUAUAUAAAGGGAAUCAACACAGUAAAGGAGGAGACUAUAUUUAAAAGAAGAAAAACUACCACAACAAGAGGACAUAGUCUUAAAUUAGAGGGACAAAGGUUUAAAAAUAAUAUCAGGAAGUAUUACUUUACUGAGAGGGUAGUGGAUGCAUGGAAUAGCCUUCCAGCUGAAGUGGUAGAGGUUAACACAGUAAAGGAGUUUAAGCAUGCAUGGGAUAGGCAUAAGGCUAUCCUAACUAUAAGAUAAGGCUAGGGACUAAUGAAAGUUUUUAGAAAAUUGAGCAGACUAGAUGGGCCGAAUGGUUCUUAUCUGCCGUCACAUUCUAUGUUUCUAUGUAAGAGGACUGGCUGGCUGACAGCCAGGGAGGUGUAACAAGGAUAACUUAUCGAUGUUGCGAUUUCCUUUAUAUGUUACAUAAAAACAAUCAGUGCAGCAAUGUAACAGAACUUUACAUUUUGGGCAGACUAGGUGGGCCAAAUGGUUCUUAUCUGCCGUCGCAUUCAAUGUUUCUAUGUUUAAAUUUGGCUACGUGUGUGUGAACCAUCCCCAGGGGUGCCUAAAAGGUAGCUCCCCAGAUGUUGCAGAAUUUCUCUCCCAUUAUGCUUUGCAUGUCUUUUUAGAAUGACAAAGCAUCAUGGAAGUUGUAGUUUUAAAACAUCUAAAGAUCUUCCUUUUGGGCACCCCUGACCAACCCCUAUGUGUUAUAUUAAAACAAUAAUAUAAUAUGACACUUUUUUUAAAAUAAUUGUCUUAAUUAUUUUAAAGUAAAAUGAGAUUAUGCAAAAAUGUUUCUCUUUUUAUAUUUAGUUUGCAAUGGAUGAAAGUGAUAAUGAUCCUUGUGAUUUCAUAAAAAUAACACCUGAUAAGCUUUCAACCGAUGAGGUUUCUCAGUUAGUGGUUUCUCCAGACUGUGGCGCUGUGUCCAUUUUUAUAGGUAUGUUAAAGUAUUUGUUUUGUACCACACUUUUUGCAGCACACUCAACUUUUUUUUAUGAAUACGUUUCAGUGUACAAUUAUUGACUAAUGGGAAUUUAAAUUCAAUAUUUAAUAUGAUUAUAUGUAUACAACUAGGGGUUUUGUAGCUUACUUAAAGAGUAGCCACAUUCUAGAGUAUCACAUUUAUUCAUACUGUGUAUUGUACAUGAAAAACUAAGGGGGCUGAAUAAUAAAAAUUAAAAGUGCCAAGUAAAGUAAAGUCCUGUGCAUUGCUCAGAUAUGAAUAAUCAAAUUAUAUCUCCCAUCUCAUAAUUUGACAUAAUAUCGGACUGAGGAAACUAGAACAGAAAAGUCAUAUCAUAUUAGAAAAUCUGUCUUUUGAUAACACAUGUAUUUCAUAUUGAUUUAUAAACAUCGAGCACAGAAACCACUGGGCUUAAAGGAAAUUAUAGUGUCAAGAAAGCAAAGUUGUUUUCCUUGCACUAUAGCUCCUUAUGGUGUCGACCCCUUCCCCCACCCCCCCAUGCUAGUAUGGAAAUAGAUUUAGAACUUGGAGAAACCACAAUAUAAAUCUGUAUUAAGUACAAAUGUAUUUUAAUUUUAAUUGGGGAUUCUCGAUUACCCUGUCAAUAUGUAUAGCACAUUUUCAAGACCUGUCUUACAUUAUUAAACUAUUUUCCUCGUGAUCAUCUGACCAGAGGUCACAAACAUUCUCUUUGACAGGAAUUAAAAAAAGUCCCAAGGAAAUUGAAUAUAGAUGGUUUUCCAUUAUUUUGAUUCUUUGGUUAGGACAUUAUUAGAUUAGGACAUUAUCGCAAAUUUUGAAGUGUGCCAAGUAGUUGGAUUAGAAUGAGGGACAAAGUACCCUAGGUCCAGGAUAGAACAAUGCUAAUCUCAAAUACAUCACUACUCAUUGCAUGUUACAAAGACAUAUCUAUAAUAGAAACAUACCAAUUUGAAUGCAAAAUUGCCAUGAAUAUUUAUUUCCAAUUCUAUAUUUAUCAGGGACUACAAGAAAUAUCUUUGAAGGAAAGAAAGUAGCAUGUCUCGAAUAUGAAGCUUACACACCAAUGGCAGAAAUGGAACUUAAAAAGAUACUGGCUGACAUCAGGCAAAAAUGGGUAUCUGUAAAGCACAUAGCAGUGUACCACAGACUUGGGUAGGUGUUAGUCUUCAUGCAAGGCUGUUCACUUCACAUGAUCAGUUUUUGGUUGCAAUAAAAGGUCAUAUAUGUUGGCCCCAAUGUUCACCACUAUCCAGUGAGGGAAGAAACACUUGAUGAAAUUGAAGCUUUAUUUUAUUAACUAAUGUAUAUGUUACUUUAAUACGUUCAUAUUUGUGUUGCUAUGUAAUUUAUUACCUUUGUUGGUCCGUCUCCAAAUGUUUGUCAUAUCUGUAGUAAAAAGUGUGUAUUUCACAUGCAUGAACAACACAAGUAGUACUAAUUUUCAGUUUAGGCUACAUUUUUUAAGUUGCUGCUAUAGUGAAUUUGGAUAAUAUUUACAAAUCUGCUAUUUUAAUUUCUAGAUUUUGCAAAUUGUCUUUUAAUGCACUACAGUCCAGUGCACACAUAUAACUCUUGGUGUAUCAUUAAUUCUCUUUACGUGUAUCUUAAAGGACCACUAUAGGCACACAGACCACUUCAGCUUAAUGAAGUGGUCUGGGUGCCAAGUCCGGGUAGGUUUAACCCUUUUUUCUGUAAACAUAGCAGUUUCAGAGAAACUGCUAUGUUUACCUAUGGGUUAAUCCAGCCUCUAGUGGCUGUCUCAUUGACAGCCGCUAGAGGUGCUUCCGCGCUUCUCACUGUUAUUUUUCCUAGUGAGAAGACGCCAGCGUCCAUAGGAAAGCAUUGAGAAUGCUUUCCUAUGGGCUGGCUGAAUGUGCGUGCGUCUCUUGCCGCGCAUGCGCAUUCAGCCGAUGAUGGAAGAAAAGGGAGGAGAGUGCCCGGAGCUGGAAAAAAGAUAAGGGAUUAACCCCUUCCUCCCCCCUCAGCGCCACGGGAAUGGGGGCACCCUCAGGGCACUAUAGUGCCAGGAAAACGAGUAUGUUUUCCUGGCACUAUAGUGGUCCUUUAAGUGAUACAUCCUUUAUGCUUCAAAUAAAAAGAUAUGAAUAAGAGAGAAUAAAGAUGCCCUUCUAAACCUACUGAACUAGGGCCAAUCAGUUUAAAAUGCUUUGUAACAUCUGUGCAUAAAAUUGAGAUACUAUUGAUGUUUUGGGGUUGCUAUUGUUUUUUUCUUUUUCUUUCCUUUUUAAUGCAUUGUAUUUUGAACUAAAGACAAAAAAUAUUUUUAAAUGAUCGAAACAAUUAUAAUACCCAGAUUAUUACAAUUUUAAGGUUGUUACUCACAUAUAUCACAUUUUCAUUUGUAUGCAGCUUGGUUCCAAUCACAGAGGCAAGUGUAAUUAUAGCUAUUUCCUCACCACACAGAAAUGACUCUCUGGAUGCUGUGAAAUACUGCAUAAACACAUUAAAAGCAACUGUACCCAUAUGGAAAAAGGUAAGGGUUUUUCUGCCCCAAAGUCUAAUAUGGCCUAGAUUUUUCAAUUUGGUUACCAACUCAAAGUUUGCAAGUUCCUGUGAAGUUCUAACAAUUCAUUAUUUUAUAAUUAAGCACUGAAUAUUUAGUUCAGCCAUCUAAUGAGGCAUUAAUUACAUCAUGGGCAUGUUAGAUACUUGCUGAGUAACAUGUAGUUGAUUUAAAGGGGUAUUUUAUGCACUAAAACAACUUAACUUAUUGAAUCAGUUUUGGUGUAUAGGUCAUGCAUUUGGAAUUUCACUGCUCAAUUAUCUGCCAUUUAGGAGUUAAUUAAUUUUUUGUUUCUGUUUAUGCAGCCUUAGUCACACCUUCACUUGCUGUGACUUACACAGUCAACAUGAAAAAAAAUAGUUUGUUUCACUCCAAUCGUACAGUACAGUGAGUUUACGUAAGAAGUUUUUAUCUCCUGAACUUUUAUCAUACACACAAUGCUCCUGCGGGUUCUACCAGUCAAUUAACAGAGCAAGAGAUAAGAAAUUCUAAAUAUGAACACACUGCGCAAUAAAGGAAGUUUAAAACUUUUUCAGACUUUACAGGAAGUCUGUUAGGCUUGCCUAUUAAAGUGAUUUAACUCCUAAAUGGCAGAACAUUGAGUAGUGACUGUGCAGGGGCUUGUUCUAUAUACCAAAACCACUUGAGCAAAUGUUGCUUUGUUGCUUAGAGUGUCCCUUUUAGGCACCUGGAAACAAAUAUUUAAUACGUUAAUGCGACCAGUAGACUGUUCUGCUCCUCUUAUAGAUAUAAAAUUAGUAUUUUCAUACUUGCUACAGGUUAGAUUUAAAAUGUUGUAAUGAACAUUUUCACAGUAGAAAUUAAAGUGUUCUUACACCCUUCUUUUUUUCUUUUUCUUUUUUUAUAAUGCCUGAUUUUGCAUUAUUCUUUGGGUUCGCCCUAAGGGCUAAACAAAUUUAUAAAAUAGGUUUUACAUGCCUUAAUCCAGCACCGGGCAAAGCUCCCAGCGCUGCUCGGCACACCCCCUUGAGAUGUCACAACAGCCUCAUGGAGGUCCAAUCAUAGGUAAGCCUUUAUUCCUGACCCUAUAGUGUUUAAGCCACUAUCUAGCCCCCUUGGCCCCUUUGCCUCCCUAAAUAUAGUAAAAUCUUACUUGUAUUCAAGUCUGAAGCUGCUGCCUAUGCCUGUGAACUUCUUCUGACCUCUGACAUCAUCAGAAGUUGUGGCCUGAUCCAAUCACAAUGCUUCCCCAUAGGAUUGGAUGAGACUGACAAGGCGGCAGAUCAGGGACAGAGCCAGCACAAUUCAAACACAGCCCUGGUCAAUCCGCAUCUCCUCAUGGAGAUAAAUUGAAUCAAUGAAUCCCGAUGAGGAAAGUUCAGUGUCUGCAUACAGAGGGAGGAGACCCUGAAUGUGUGGAUGCAUUUUAGGCAGCCAUGACCCAGGAAGGAUCUCUAACGGCCAUCUGAGGAGUGGCCAGUGAAGUUAUCACUAGGCUGUAAUGUAAACACUGCAUUUUCUCUGAAAAGACAGUGUUUACAGCAAAAAGCCUGAAGGUAAUCAUUCUACUCACCAGAACAAAUUCAAUAAACUGUAGUUGUUUUGGUGACUAUAGUGUCCCUUUUAAUCAUCAUCCUUUAUAAAAUAUUCUGUGUGUGCAAAAAAUAUAAAAAAUGUGUUUUAUUACAAAAGAAAGCUCAAGGAAAAUGAAUAAUUCUACACUUUUGUAACCAUAUCACAAUAUACUUUAUAGGUGUUUUUUUUUUUUUUAUUGCUUUGUAUAGGAGGUUUAUGAAGAAGAAAGCUACACAUGGAAAGAAAAUAAAGAAUGUUUUUGGCGAAAGCAAGAUGGGCUUUAAUCUAAUUGAUGUGUGUUAGCAAAACAUUCUCCCCCUUCACUCAUUUCCGAACCAUGGAAGCUUUCCUCAGGAGAUAGCCAUGAGACUAUCUUUACCAGCAUCCUGCAUCCUCUUUACCCAGAAAACUUAGCAGUCUUUAUUUUAAGCUUUUGUAAAGGUCAGGGUGAACUUUUACAUUUGCAUAAAUAUGCACAUGUAUUGCAUGAAUAUAUUUUUAGAAUGUAAAGUUUUCUGUGAGUCAAUUACUGAAGAAUGUCUGUGUACAUGUUAAUAAAUUAUAUCUGUUCUGCUCAUAGACAAUAAAGAACUUUAUGCAUUAUAAAAAUGAUGGUGCACAUUUGAAAUUCAGUAAGUACCACACUCUGCUUCAAUGGAUAUCUUCUAGAAGGGCCCAGCAUUUCAGCACUGGUUCUGGAAUUCAUUUAUUUGCACAUUGGACCUUGCCCAUGUGAAACUAUUUUUUUUUCUUCUUUUUCUUCUGCUUAAGAAGAAUAAAUUAAAUUUUCAAGCAUUUCAUAAUAACUAAAAUCUUCCUCUAAAGAAUUUUAGCUUGCUAAAGUGUUUAGUGUUAAGCAAGUACAUUCAGAAGUCUGUCAUUGGACAACCACAGAAAGUCUGGGUGGGGUUAAAAGGGUAGGGUUCAAAGAAAGAAAUAUGCAGUUUUUGCAAACUACUUUUAAAUGAAUCUCCACGGAAGAAAAAUGCAUAAUUUAAAUGCAUGCUUGUUUUUAUUGGGAUAUAUCUACUAAAAGUGUUUUUUUAAAUUUAUUUAUUUUAUUUUUUUUUGUACUGAUUCUGGAUUUGAGCAGUGAAGUGUA